AUGGUAUCAAUUGUACAAUUAUCUACAUGUUUUGGAUUUGUAUUCCCAAUUGUUAUGGGAUUUUCAAACACUGGUCAAGUUAUGAUUGACGCAUUGGCUGGUCAGUUGAAAGAUGACGUUAAUCAAAUUAUUAAAUUGGAAAACUUCAAGGAAACAUUGAUUGAAGAAACUAAAAAAAUUUGUCAAUCAGAGAAUCGUAAUAAUGUUUAUAUUUAUCAAGUUGAUGAUAUUACAAUUAAACCAGAAGAAGCCGUAUUGGGUUUAAAAUUUAAUCAAAUUUUAUAUCAUGAUGAUAAAAGUGUUAAUUUAACUAAAGAUAUGAUUUUUGAUGGAUGUGAAAUUAAAGAAUAUAAACAAGUUGAACAAAUUUCAAUGCAAGAUAUUUUCAAUGAACGUAAAUCUGAUGAAGAUCUUGUUAUUGUUCAAGUUUUACCAAGUUUCAAAAGUAAAGGAUCUUUAGAAAACAUCAAGGAACAAGUUUAUGAUUUGUAUAAUGAUGAUGAUAUCGUUAUUCAAAAGAGAGGUAAUGAACAAGAACAAGAAGAAGAAGAUGCAGUUAUUGAAGAAGAAAUUGAACAUGAUUUUGAAGAAGCUGAAUCUUUGGCAUCUGAAGAAACUGAUCCAGUUAAUAUUUUAGCUAAUAGCAACAAAGAUAAACAAUCAAAUAAUGGAACAACCAUCAAGCAUGACAAUUUAUUUACUAAAUAUCAAUUUUUCACCAGUGGUAUUUGGUCAGGAAUUAUUGUUUCAUUAUUUUUAUUGACUAUUUUAUAUGGAGCUUUGAGUUGGCUUACAAGUUUGGAAAUUACUUAUGCUUCAUUUGAAAAACAAGUCGAUUAUGAUAAAAAGAAUGAAUAG